AUGGCUGCACUGGAUCAACUUAGGAUUGUUCAGAAGUUCAAGACCAUCAGAGAAUUUGCCGUUUAUGCACAUCCAGAUUCAGAUGCUGCAGGUUUGCAAGAGGCUCUCGAUGAAGAAACUGCACAUGCGAUGCAGGGUGAUGUCUCCAACAUUCUUCAGCUUGCCAGGGAGAUCCAGACAUAUGCCCCAAGAUGCAUGGAGGUUGCUGAAGACCUGUACGACCAGAACUUGUCGCAUGGCAACAUCUCCAAUGUGUUCCAAGCCGUUCACUCUUGCGCACGGGAGAUGGCAAAGCUGGAAUCGCAGCGGCACUGGGCGUCAGCUUCGGAACAAAUCAUUCGCGCCAUGCGCAGAGUUGAGGAGCGGUUGAAGCCAUUUUUGCUGCUGGACGAUGUGGCUUCAAGCUCAUUACCCACAACCCAGCCUCAUCGUCACGACCCUCACGUGCAAAGCAUCACAGAUGAGACAUCGACACAAGAGGGCGCAGAGCCUGAAGAGACUGCUGAGCUGGCCACGAGCCAACGGAUUGUUCUCAAUUUUAAGGCCAUUCAACACCGCGCCCUUCGAUUGCGUCCAGAGGCUCUCGAUGAAGAAACUGCACAUGCGAUACAGAGUGAUGCCUCCAGCAUUCUUCAGCGUGCCAGGGAGAUCCAGACUUAUGCCCAAAGAUGCAUGGAGGUUGCUGAAGACCCGUAUGACAACAACUUGUCGCAUGGCAGCAUCUCCAAUGUGUUCCAAGCCGUUCACUCUUGCGCACGGGAGAUGGCAAAGCUGGAAUCGCAGCGGCACUGGGCGUCAGCUUCGGAACAAAUCAUUCGCGCCAUGCGCAGGGUUGAGGAGCGGUUGAAGCCAUUUUUGCUGCUGGACGAUGUGGCUUCAAGCUCAUUACCCACAACCCAGCCUCGUCAUCAAGGCCCUCAUGUGCAAAGUGUCACAGAUGAGUCAUGGACACAAGGGCACCCAGAGGAGCCAGACCUUCCAGAGGCGAUUGUGGCCGGCUACCUGACGGCCGAAUUGCAGAGACUGGAGCAACAACUGCUGGAGCAGCAACACAAACACGGAAACACAGAUCACCAUGACAUUGCCGCAACACUGAAUGCGCUGGGCCAAGUGAGUCGAGCUGCUGGAGAUCUUCCAGAAGCAAAGCAGCAUUUUGAGGAGUCUUUGCGAAUGGAGCGCUCCCUGCACGGUGAUCGGGAUUGCCAUGAGAUUGCCGUGACACUGCAUGAGCUGGGCACAGUGAGUCAAGAUGCUGGAGAUCUUCCAGAAGCAAAGCAGCAUUUGGAGGAGUCUUUGCGAAUGAAGCGCUCCGUGCACGGUGAUCGGGAUUGCCAUGAGAUUGCUGUGACACUGCAUGCGCUGGGCGGAGUGAGUCAAGAUGCUGGAGAUCUUCCAGAAGCAAAGCAGCAUUUGGAGGAGUCUUUGCGAAUGAACCGCUCCCUGCACGGUGAUCGGGAUCACCCUGGCAUUGCUGCAACACUGCAUGCGCUGGGCGGAGUGAGUCGAGAUGCUGGAGAUCUUUCAGAAGCAACGCUGCAUUUGGAGGAGUCUUUGCGAAUGAAGCGCUCCCUGUACGGUGAUCGGGAUCACCCUGACAUUGCCGCAACACUGCAUGCGCUGGGCCAAGUGAGUGAAGCUGCUGGAGAUCUUCCAGAAGCAAAGCAGCAUUUGGAGGAGUCUUUGCGAAUGGACCGCUCCCUGCACGGUGAUCGGGAUCACCCUGACAUUGCCAUGACACUGCAUGAGCUGGGCACAGUGAGUCAAGCUGCUGGAGAUCUUCCAGAAGCAAAGCAGCAUUUGGAGGAGUCUUUGCAAAUGGAGCGCUCCCUGUACGGUGAUCGGGAUCACCCUGACAUUGCCGAAACACUGCAUGCGCUGGGCCAAGUGAGUCGAGCUGCUGGAGAUCUUCCAGAAGCAAAGCAGCAUUUUGAGGAGUCUUUGCGAAUGGAGCGCUCCCUGCACGGUGAUCGGGAUCACCUUGAAAUUGCCGCAACACUGCAUGAGCUGGGCCAAGUGAGUCGAGCUGCUGGAGAUCUUCCAGCAGCAAAGCAGAAUUUGGAGGAGUCUUUGCGAAUGGAGCGCUCCCUGUACGGUGAUCGGGAUCACCCUGACAUUGCCGUGACACUGCAUGCGCUGGGCCAAGUGAGUCGAGCUGCUGGAGAUUUUCCAGAAGCAAAGCAGCAUUUGGAGUAG